GACCUGAAAGCAAGAAUCUGACUUGUUUGUAACUGAAUGACUCUUUUUCUUUUUUGUUCCAAUUGCUAUGUCUAAAAGAUUAAACUAAACAGUGAGAUAUUUGCCUUUUUUAAGUGUCACCAUAGUUCCUACCUCUCCUCUACUUUAUCUCAUACCUUCUCACAACAAACUCUCUCUAAAGAAAAGAAAGGAAGCAAUUCCAAAUCCCUCUGGUUUUCUAGAGAGGUCAAAAAUGCAUGAGCAAACUGGUUGCUUUGAUCCCAACACAAUGGGAGAAAACAUACCCUCUCUAAAGGAUAACUUUCCUCAAACACUUGGAGACCCUCUAACUCCAUCAUCACCUAUGGUUGUAGAUAACACCACAAACACUGAUAAUGGCCUUGAAGAAAAUCUCAGGCUUUCUGUGGAGGAACUCUCCUUUAACCAUCACAACCUGCAACACCAAGAUGGAGUCACUGCCACAUCUACUCAUUCACAACAACAUCUAGGUUUGAACAUGGAUAACCAUUUGGUGCAACAGGUCAUUGAUGUUCUUCCCUAUCAGCAAUCCACUUGGGACCCUUCUACUGUUCAGGAAUUGCCAGACAUAGCUUAUGCUAAUCAAAUAGAACAGCAACAAAAUGAACAACAAUUUCAGCAAAUGGAGACCCAAAGCUUCAACCCCUCUUCCAUACUAGACCCUCCUUACCCUUCACCAGAUCUCCUGAACCUUAUCCACUUACCAAGAUGCUCAGCCCCAUCUCUGCACACCAAUCCCACCAUUUGCCUCACAAACCCAACACAGAACACACCAAACUUUCAGAAUCCACUGGCCUUUAUUGCAGAUCUUCCAAUAGGGUCAGACAACAACACAAGUGCAUCCUCAGUUUUGUAUGAUCCUCUAUUCCAUCUGAACCUUCCUCCACAGCCUCCAGCCCUCAGAGAGCUGUUUCAGUCUCUCCCCCGUGGCUACAGCUUGCCAACCAACUCAAGGAAUGGUUCACUCUUUGGAGGGGAUGAGAUUGAGGGAGAUGGGAGCCAGCUUGACAUGGGAGUGCUGGAAUUCAACAGGGUCACUCCCACUGUUGCCAAAGGAAGAGGAGGAAAAGCUACCAAACAUUUUGCAACUGAGAAACAAAGAAGAGAGCAACUCAAUGGAAAAUACAAAAUCUUGAGAAAUCUUAUACCAAACCCCACCAAGAUUGAUAGAGCCUCCGUGGUGGGGGAUGCCAUUGACUACAUAAGAGAGCUGAUUAGAACAGUGAAUGAACUGAAACUAUUGGUAGAGAAGAAAAGGUAUGGGAGAGAGAGGUGCAAAAGGCCUAAAACAGAAGAAGAUGGUGCUGAGAGCUGUAACAUAAAGCCUUUUGGUGACCCAGAUGGGGGCAUAAGGACAUCAUGGCUCCAGAGGAAAUCCAAAGACAGUGAGGUUGAUGUCCGGAUUAUAGACGAUGAUGUCACAAUCAAACUGUUCCAGAGGAAGAAAAUCAACUGCCUGUUGUUUGUUUCCAAGGUUCUGGAUGAACUUCAGUUGGAGCUUCAUCAUGUUGCAGGUGGACAUGUUGGUGAAUAUUGCAGUUUCUUAUUCAAUAGCAAGAUAAUUGAAGGUUCCUCAGUCUACGCAAGUGCCAUAGCCAACAGGGUCAUUGAUGUUUUGGACUGUCAGUACACAGCAUCAGUUCCUCAUACAAACAGCUACUAGAAUAGUGUGAAGAUC